AUGGAUGACGCCCCUUCUCCAGAAGGAAACAACCCUUCCGUCUUUCUGGCUGAUAUCACCGGUGCCCCGGUUAUAGUGAAACUCAACUCCGGCGUUGUUUACAAAGGAGAACUCCAAUCCGUCGAUGGCUACAUGAAUAUUGCCCUCGAAAACGCAGAAGAAUAUGUUGAUGGCAAGCUUCGACGCAGCUAUGCUGAUGCAUUUGUGCGUGGCAAUAACGGUCGGUCCUCUUGCUCCGUUUCAAUCAGUAUAAUAUAA